AUGGCUCAGCCUGCCUUUCUCACCAUCGCUAAGUACAAAGCUGGAAUAGUUCCCAUCCUCUACAGAAGGAUUGGAUGCAGAAGAAGCGGAGGUAUGAGAUUCACUAUGAACGGUAGGAACUAUUUUGAGCUGGUUCUAAUCUCAAACGUAGGAGGAGCUGGUGAGAUUUCUAAAGUUUGGAUCAAAGGCUCUAGGAGAAACAAAUGGGAGACAAUGUCAAGAAACUGGGGAGCUAACUGGCAAAGCAACACCUACCUUAAUGGUCAAUCUCUCUCUUUCAAAGUUCAGCUUGGCAAUGGAAGAAUCAAAGCAGCUCUCAACGUUGUUCCUUCCAACUGGCGGUUUGGUCAGAGCUUCAAGAGUAACAUCCAAUUCUGA